UGUGCGUUACGUUCCUGGGAAGGUUCUACCAGAGUCUAAAGGACAACGGUGUUGAGUUCACACCUGCCAGUAUUGAAAAGGAGCUCUUGAAAUCCUGCAAAGAGGCAAAAGGCAAAGAGAACCGGCUGUGCUAUUACGUUGGGGCCACAAGCGAUGCAGCCACCAAGAUCAUCAAUGAGGUGUCGAAGCCCAUGAGUCAUCACAUCCCUGUGGAAAAGAUCUGUGAGAAACUUAAGAAGAAAGACAGUCAGAUCUGUGAACUGAAAUACGACCAGCACAUCGACCUGAGCACCGCCGACCUGCGCAAGCUGCGCGUCAAGGAGCUGCGGCGGAUCCUGGACGAGUGGGGCGAGGCGUGCAAGGGCUGCGCCGAGAAGGGCGACUUCAUCCGCCGCAUCCACGAACUGAUGCCCAAGUACGCGCCGCGCGCGCACGGCGCCCGCGCCGACCUCUGA